AUGGCUCGCGGCGGAGGAACAAAGGGUGGACCUAUCAUGAAACGUGGAUCGGGUGGCAAACCUGCUGCUGGGAAGACCCGUGGCGGCAGCAGCGGAAAGUCCAAUCCCAAAGACAAGGCAUCGUCACGAAAAACCACCGGUUCCGCGCAGCCCGCUAGCCGGCUAGCUGGCAGCAACCGUGGCCGGGGACGUGGGGGAACGGCAGCGGGCCGAGGAGGCAAGGCUGGCGCGAAAUCCGCGAAACCGGCGAAAUUACCGGCUCCGGCGGCGGCGGCGGGGGAGGAGGAGGACGUUGAGCUGUCAGACGAGGACGUGGCGUUCUUCGCGCAGCACCAAAACUUCGCGCGCUUCCUCUCGGGUCUUGAGGAGCAACAACUGGGCAGUGAAACCAAGAAAGCCAAGACGAAACUGCCGAGACCAGAUCGUGCUGAGAACGGAAGCGAUGCUGACAGUAGCGAGGAUGAUGAGGGAAGGAAGGAGGCUAGCGGUGAUGAAAACGAUUCAGAGGGUUCGGAUGAGGGUGAUGACGUGGAUGAGGAUGACGUGGAAGAGGACGUUUCUGACGAGGAUGAGGAGCUUGCGGACGAAGAGGAAGAGGAUGAAGAUGGCGUCGCAGCGGAUGCGCGGAUGACGGGAGACGAAGAUGAGGAGGAAGAGAAGGAAAUAGAAAUGGCGGAGGACGAGGAGGAAGAGGAGGAGGAGGGUGACGAGGAGGAGGAAAUGGAGCCUGUGAUUUCUGAUGACGAGUUUGACGAUGAGGAUGAGGAGGAGGACGAUGAAGAGGAGGAGGAGGGUAAUUUUAGCGACGACGACGACGAUAUUGACGAAGUGAUGGUUUUCGCUGAUUCAUCAGCGGCUGGUCUCGGCUCUCUGCCCCAGAAAGGCGCUAAAGGGAAGGCGGGGGAAGCGCGCCGAGCGGACAAGGGGAAGGGCGGAAGGAAGGGGGAUGGGGCGGAAGGGGAAGAAGAAGAGGGUGCGGAGGCGGAGGGGGAAGAUGAGUCGGAGGAUGAAGAGGCGGAGUACGAGAGGGGAUCCCGCCGCCCUGGGUGGGCUGCGCCAGCGGGUGCCGCGGGGAAGUUUGCGCCGAAACCCCGCGCCGCUUCCGCGGGUGUGGGAGGAGACGCGGAGGAGGUUGCGGUGGAAUUGGCAGCAGGGGCGGAGGGGGAGAAGAAGGGUUCAAUGCGGGGUUUCGGGCUUAUAGCGGCGAGGGACAAGGGUGUGUUGGUGGAUGCUGUUGACGCUCUGCCGGUUAAAACCCUUGACGGCCGGCUGAUGUUCCGCGCGAUUGAAGUGGCGGAAGGGGCGGAGGGAGAGAAAGGGGAGAAAGGGAAAGAAUUGGCCGGGGAGAAAGAGGAUGGGAAGAAAGGGAGGAAAGGGAAGAAGGGGGAGGAGGGUAAGGGAGGUCCGAGAGAAGAGGAGGCGGAGGAAGGGGAGGAGGAGGAGGAGGGCGAGGGUGGGGCGGCGGAGGGGAAGGAAGCAGGGGCUAGGAGGCAGCCGAAGGAUGCGUCGAAGCUUACCCUGCAAGAGCAAGCCAUGAUGGAGUUGCAGGAGGAGAUGUCGGUGGAGGAGCGGAGGGCGGCAGUGAAGAAGGCUAUAGCGCGGAUGAGCACGCAAAUUCUCGCUGACCCCGAGACUCACAUCGGCAUGUUAAAGUCUCUGCACAAGCUGUGUUUGGAUCUAGACGCCAUCGUGGCGAGCCUCGCAGUUCUCUCGCUGACAGCAGUGUUUAGAGACAUCAUCCCCGGCUACCGCGUGCGCAUGCGCUCGGAGAAGGAGCGCGCGAUGGUGAUGAGCAAGGAGGUCAAGAAGCGCUGGCUCUUCGAGGAGGGCCUGCUGCAAUCCUACCAGUCAUUCGUCAACCUCCUUCUGAAGCACGCAAAGCAAGCUGCGCGCCGAGCCGUGUCAGUGCGCGCCAUGUGUGGACUGCUGCGCGCCGCUCCGCACUUCAACUGCCGCUCGGAGCUCAUCCGCGCCAUCAUUCCGCGCAUGGACCUCGCGGACGAUAGCAUCAGCUCCCUCUGCUGCAACACCAUAGCGGAGCUCAUGCGGGAGGACGGGCGGCACGACGGAGAGGCCACAGUGGAGGCGGCAGAGCUGGUUGCCGACUUCAUCCGCCAACGCUGCUGCGUCACGCGCCCUCAGGUGCUGAUGGUAUUCCACCCCCUUGAGUUCGACGACGAUCUCCUCCAAUCCGCGGAGGGUCGCGGAGCCGGGGGACCGCGCGGAGGCGCAGCGCGGAAAGCUACCUGGGGCGCGGCGGGGGGAGCAGGCGGAGCGGCGGACGGGGAGGAGCAGCAGCCGGGGAAACCUAAGUCGAAGAAAGAGCGGAAGCUGGAGAAGCGGAAAGAAGCCGCGCGGAUGCGGAAGGAAGUAGAGGGGGAUUUCAGGGAGGCGGAGGCAGUGCGGGACGAAUCCACGCGGAAGCAGCAGCAGGCGCGCGUGCUAGCAGCCGUGUUCGAAGCGCUUUUUAGGGUAGUUAAAGCCGCGGCUAUGCUGCACCAGCCGCGCCCCACGGACGGGUCCGGCGCGCUCUCCCUCCCCCCGCGCCCGCUGCUCCCCUCCGCGCUCUUCCUGAUUGGUCACUUUUCGCAUCUGCUGUCGGUUGAGUAUCUGCCGGAUCUGCUGUCCACGCUACGCCAGCUGGCUGCUGACGUGGCGACGCCGCUAGACGGGGACGAUGAUGACCUGGCAGGAGGAAGCGGGGAGUGGGGGGAUGGGGGGGAAGUGGUGACAUGGGAGGGGGGGAGGAGGCGGAAAUUAGGGCUUAGACUGGAAGAUAGGCUGACGUGCUGUGUGGUGGCGCAGAGGGUUAUGAAGGCGAAUCUAGAUUCACUGAAUGUGGACAUGCGCGGGUUCGUGACCCUCGUGUAUCAAAUGAUUCUCGAGGCGCCUCUCGUUCCCGCGCAGGUCGCGGCCCUCUCGUCAGAAUCACCCUCGGGCAAGGCAUCCUCGUUAAAAGCACCGUUGGAGGAAGCGGACUCGUUAGAAGAGGAGGCGAUCACGCCGGGGGGUAGCGCGAUAUCCUCGUUAGAAGCUGCUCUGGUAUCCGCGUUACAGGAGGUGUUCAUGUCGUCGGGGCACAGGCAGGCGGACAUGACGCGCUUGCUGCUUGUGGUGCGUCACCUGCUACUCCGCUAUCCCCGCUGUAGAGUGCUCCUAGACAAGGACCCAGAUGACGACCUGUACGCUUCAGGGGGUGGGUGUGCUCUAGGGUGUGCUCUUGGGUGUGCUCUUGGGUGUGCUCUAGGGUGUGCUCUAGGGUGUGCUCUAGGGUGUGCUCUAGGGUGUGCUCUUGGGUGUGCUCUAGGGUGUGCUCUAGGGUGUGCUCUAGGGUGUGCUCUAGGGUGUGCUCUAGGGUGUGCUCUUGGGUGUGCUCUAGGGUGUGCUCUUGGGUGUGCUCUUGGGUGUGCUCUAGGGUGUGCUCUAGGGUGUGCUCUUGGGUGUGCUCUUGGGUGUGCUCUAGGGUGUGCUCUAGGGUGUGCUCUUGGGUGUGCUCUUGGGUGUGCUCUAGGGUGUGCUCUUGGGUGUGCUCUAGGGUGUGCUCUAGGGUGUGCUCUAGGGUGUGCUCUAGGGUGUGCUCUAGGGUGUGCUCUAGGGUGUGCUCUUGGGUGUGCUCUUGGGUGUGCUCUUGGGUGUGCUUCUGCGUCAUCCCCGCUGUGGAGUGCGCUUAGACAAGGACCCCGGCCUCACCCCUUUCAGUGGCGAUGGAAGAGCUCUCAGCUGCCCUCACAUCCUUCCUCUGGGAGCUCACAUCAUUUCCCCGAUGCCCUACUUCCCCUCCCUCCUCCCCUCCCUUCCCACCCAUCCCUCCCCCGUCACCCCCCUCCCCGGGUUGAUUAUAUCCUCCAGCGCUACGACCCAGCAGCACCAGAGCCCGAGCUCUCAGCAGCCCUCACAUCCUUCCUCUGGGAGCUCUCCCUUCUCUCCCGCCACUACCACCCGCACGUUGCCAGCCUGGCACGCCACGUCAGCACCAUUGCCACGUCACCCGCCGCCACUGCUGCCCCCGGUAAGCCAUCCAAGGGGGUCGCUGACCCGUACCAGAAGGGUCAGCCGCAGAAACAGCAGCAGCAGCAGCAGCAGCAGCAGGAGGCAGGCGGUUCGUCAUGUGGUUUUUCAGGUGCUACUGAUCUGCUGCUGCUAGCUGGCACUGUGAACAGCGCUAUCGACAGGGUCACUGGUUGGCUGCUUGUGCUUACUCCAAUCAAGACUCAUUCCGCUGCCUGCUUUCGAAUCCUAAUCCGUCUGUGCAAGCUGAAGUGUCAAAAGAUAUCUGCUUGA